AAACGCAAAUUAAAAAUGGCAGACAACUCGGCCGCCUGUGUAAUCAAAGGAGAAGUAGAUUCAAUCAGCUCUUUACCUGAUGUGAUCCUUCAACAUAUCCUCUUCUCUUUUGAGACGAAAUUCGCCAUCCGAACUUCCGUCUUGUCAAAACGAUGGAGGCAUGUAUGGUGCAACAUACCUUCUCUCUCCUUUGAUAAUAUUAAGGAAGCUGAUGCCAUAAACAAAGCCCUAGCUAAAUACACAGCUCCAAAGAUGAUGGAUUUUCAUCUCAAAAUCAACAAGAAUAACAAUGUUCACCACAUCAAGAAGUGGAUCGAAUUUGCCAUGUCCCGCAACGUAGAGAAUAUGUCCCUUGAUGUCCUUUUUCGUUGUAAAAAUAUUCCUCGUUUCUCCGACAUCAAUUCCUAUUUCAAGCCACUCAACCAUAAGUUAGAUUUUUCUGAUGUGAUUCCCGGACACGGUGUGUCUUGGACAUCCCUGAAGAAGUUGUCCUUGCGGUAUUGUGGUUUACCUGAUGCUAAAAUUUUAUCUGGUUGUCCGAUUCUCGAAUGUUUAACAUUGUAUCACUGCGGAAAACUUAAUGUUCUUGAUCUCAGCAAAUCGCUGCGCUUGAGAACAUUAGAAAUAAACAGCCACAUUAUGAUUCCAGGGCCAACGCAGAUUGUGGCGCCACAUAUCCAUUGUCUCAAAUUGAGAAACACUCAAUUACCAUGUACUCUAGUUGAUGUCUCGUCCUUAACCGAAGCUGAAGUAUUGGACAUUAUCAUUUUCCCAUUGAACAUGUCCUUGAAGGCUGAUUUUCUUUAUGCCACGAUGCUAGAGAUGCUAAAAAAGUUAGAGAAUGUAGAGAAGCUUACUUUUAGUGGAGGCUCUCUUCAGAAUUUAUCAUCUAUUGCGGAGAAACGUGGUGUUCCUUUUCCCAUGUUCAAGGUCAAAGCUUUGACUCUUGAGAUGGAACACUUUGUGAUUUCAGAUAUAGAAAGAAUGUUACAAAACUCACCAAAUUUAAAGAAGCUAACAGUACGCGAAAAGGUUAACACCAGACAGGGGAAGUAUCUUGACAGACACUUUACAAGGCUUGAAUCUGGAUCAAUGCUCGAGAUCAAAAAAGGUGUCUAAUAGAACAUGUCGCUGGAAUGUAGAGUCAAAGCAAAAAGACAUUGUAGUUUCAAGGCAAAUGACAGAAUCCUACAUUUUUCUCUUUUUAAUGUCACAAAAUCGACAAUAGCCACAUUUGAUCAUUUCAAAUUUUCAAUCAACACUCUAGUAAUAC